CACUUCAAAAUCUUGGAUUCACUGAGAACUCCACGACAAAAUUGUUUUGAACUAUGUUCUCUAAUUGUAUCGAACAAUAGGUUACAUUGGACAAAGUAUGUCUCAAGAUGGGGGUGAUCGUUCUUCACACAGUCAAAACCUGAACCAAGACACUGAUGAGGCGUUAUCGAAACCGCCGUCCAACAAAAAACUAUUAUGCAUCGCUUUCACCUCUUUUCAAUCAUUUGCAAUAUUGCAACUCGCUGCUGCCAUUUGGGCAGGAUCGGAGGCAAUGCUAACGGAUUCGAUUGCGAUGAUGAUUGAUUCUCUUGCCUACCUCUUCAAUAUGGUUGCCGAGCGACAAAAGGAGGUUUAUGCCACCAAGCUUCAACAGCAGUAUACAUCUUCAAAUUCUACCGGUCUUACAUCUUUCAGACAAAGCAAGAUGGUGUUGGAAUACCGCAAAUACACCUAUCAGUUGGAAUUGGUUCCGCCUCUCGUGUCAAUUACAACGCUCUUGGUUCUCACAAUACUUGUCUUGAAAGAAUCGAUUGAAACCCUGAUCCUGGAUUUUGAAGGAGACGACUCCUCACGACCCGAACCCAAUGUGACCUUGAUGGCUCUUUUUAGUUUCAUCAACUUAAUAUUGGAUGCAGUGAACGUAGGUUGCUUUGCAUCCGCAAACCAUGCACUUGGAUACAAUACACACAGAGGAAACGACGAUGAUAUCGUGAAUGUCACACAAACGGAAAAGAACAGAACAAGAGUGAUGUCAGGGCCAACUGCAGAUGGUAUACCAAACAAAGGCAACUAUUGUGACAAUGUGGAUGUCAUUAACAUCGAUAACGUUGAUAAAAUCGAAGCCGACGAAACAAAGAAAUGCGAAGCGCAUUCCCUCUCUCAAGAAAACCCACUCCUUGACGAACCGUGUUCAUGUCCAACAACACUCCUUGCAACAGAAAGCACAUCAUAUGGAUCCAACGAUUCCUCUGAAGAUCGUUUUAUAGGUGGCGUAUCUGAUGAUUCCAUUUAUGGUCGCUUUUUGGAUGACAAAGAUGAUAGUGAUGCAACGAAUCUCAACAUGUGCAGCGCAUAUACGGUGAGUAUUACAUAGUUCUCUUUCAUUUAGCAGUAGGCGGUUUGAAAGAAACGUUAAUUAACGAAUCUAACAUUUUCUCACGAAAUAUUCAUUUUAUUGUUCUCCUUUUACGUCGCGCUAUCAGCAUGUGUUUGCAGAUACUCUACGAAGUCUCUGCGUAAUUGCAGCGUCCCUUUCAGCCAAAUUUUCAGAUAAUGUUACGCCCGAAAUUGCUGAUGCCUCCGCUGCUGUGGUUGUUUCAAUUUUCAUUUUUUUGAGCAUUUUUCCAUUGCUUAGUGGCAUGAUCCAAACUUUCAAAUCCCUAAGAGAGGUGAAUCAGUCAUUGGAGAUGAAAGAGCAAGAAGAAGGAGAAGAAGAUCAAGUCGAAUUACUGGGUUUUGCUCAUGCGUAGAGCCCAUUCUCUGUUGCUGCACUUCUACUAGAUAACUUGUCUUUCCCAAUUGCAUACGGCUCCAUCAAAAAGGUUCUGGUCCAUAAUAGCUUUGAUUCAAUCUAAUAUUCUUAGAGGCUUUCUAUGUGCAUGCAGUCAUUGCAAUGUCUACCACCGUUGUAAAUGUUCUGUUCUUGCUUCUUAUCUUAUUCAGUACAGUACUAGUUUCUGAAAAAAGUGAUGAAACAACCUCAAGAAGGUCCAGCCAAUUUCUAGGGAAAACCAAUAAAAACUGGAAGUGUUC